AUGCGCCUAAAUGUUUUUGGUGUUGGCGGGAACAUUUUUGUACCAAGCAUUUUUUGGGUUGCGCUGCACGACUUGUUGUUCACUGGAGGAGUUGAAACUCGGAAGGAUGGACCACGGCCUUUCUGUUAUUCAGGUUUCAGUGAUGCAGCUGGACUUGCUGGGAACCUCUUUGCUUUUGUGUUAUUUGUGUCGCCGAUACCAACAUUUAGGAGAAUUAUCAGAAACAAAUCAACUGAGCAGUUCUCAGGAUUGCCUUACAUAUACGCUCUAUUGAAUUGCUUGAUCUGCCUCUGGUAUGGCAUGCCAUUUGUAACACCUGGUGUUAUAUUGGUUGCAACUGUAAAUUCAUUUGGGGCUGUUUUCCAAUUAAUCUACACAAUCAUCUACAUAAUUUAUGCUGAUAAAACCAUAAAGCCGAAGAUGUCAGCAUUACUCGUUUCAGUAUUUGCGCUAUUUGGUGUGGUAGCAUUUGUGAGCCUGAGAUUUUUGGACUCUCAUUUGCGUCAGAUGGUUGUUGGAUAUUUAAGUGUCUUUUCUCUCAUCUCUAUGUUUGCGUCACCCCUUUUUAUCAUUGUACCAAAUGGAAUUGGAACAAUUUUGGGGAUAGUUCAAUUAGUACUUUACUACUAUUAUAGCAGCAAAUAUGGUGAAGGUUCAACAGAACCCUUGCUAGCUUCAUAUGCAUGA